UAUUUUUGAAGGAUUGCAGAUUAUUUCUGAGGAAAGACUUAUUCUAUUUUUCUCUUCUUAUUUCGGAUUUUUCUUUCUCUUUUUCUUUCUUUCUUUGUUUCUUUCUUUCGUUCUUUCUUUCUUUCUUUCUGUAAUUAAUUAAUUGAUUAAUUAAUUACCUUUUUGUUGAUUAAUUUCAUGUUUUUAUUGGAGUUUGGAGGAGUUUGUCAAUGGCUCAUUUGGGUGAAAGACGAGGCCCGGGCCGCUCCAGAUCCAGGAGUGCUGCUGUCUCUCAGACGGAUGAUCAGGAGGUUGAAAGACGUGGCUCUGGUGACGGCGCUCAGGAACCGCUGCCAAACCCAAACCAGCCGCUGAGCCAAGAGCUGCCUGGACACAUCGCACCUCUGCCUUCAGAGUUGGCCGUUUCUGUGUCCACAGAUCAGCCUCACAGGAAGAGGAAGUGGCAGAGCGGCAGCCAGGAGGAUGAGCAUCCGUCUCCUUCAUACAGAAGAGCUGCCAAACGCUCCCGCAGAGAAGCGUAUGUGAAGGGCCCAUUGCUGGGGCGAGGAGGAUUCGGCUCUGUGUAUGCUGGGACCCGCAGGUCUGAUGGACUGCCAGUUGCCAUCAAGUACGUCUCUAAACGAGGAACACAGAGACUGAGAGUUGAAGGUCAGGGUCGGCUGCCGCUGGAGGUGGCGUUGAUGACCCUGGUCAAUUCGGCUCCUGCCUGCCCCAACGUCCUGACGCUGCUGGAGUGGUUUGACCGUCCCAGACGCUACACCAUGAUCCUGGAGCGCCCGCUUCCUUGCCAAGAUCUGGAGAGUUUCUGUGAGGAGAACGGACGCCUGGAGGAGAGUCUGGCCAAGAAAGUGCUGCUGCAGCUGAUCACGGCGCUGAAACACUGCGAGAGCCGUGGAGUCCUGCACCGGGACGUCAAACCAGAGAACCUGCUGAUCUCCACAGACUCACAUGACAUCAAGCUGCUGGACUUCGGCUGUGGAGAUCUGCUGAAAGACUCGGCCUACAAACACUUUGCAGGCACUCUUCAGUACGCCCCUCCUGAGUGGUUUCGGCAGCACCGUUAUCAUGCGGGACCGGCUACGGUUUGGUCAGUGGGGGUGACGCUCUACAACAUCCUGUGCAGCUGUUUCCCCUUCAGAGGCGCAUUGAGGGUCACCUCCAAAAGCAGACUGCUCUUUCCUAGAGAGCUGUCGACAGGCAAGAGACAGAAAUCAGGUCCAGAUCCAGGAAUCGUUGACUGGAAGUCUGUCGGUCCAGAUGUGAGGUGUGAUGGCUGUAGAUGCAUCUACAAAAACACCACUGGAUACUGUGGCCAUGAAACAAAGGGGGUCUUCACAGCGUUCUGUUCAGACGAAGAGUUUGCUGGCUUCUGUUCUGCUACUACCGCAUAAAUGAAUGAAUGAAUGAAUGAGUGGUUUAUUUAUUUAUUUAUUUUAUUUGACUUGAAUU